AUGGGCAAUUGGAUGCCAGCAGACCAUGAAGCCCAUAAGAGGUGGCUUAGGGGAGUGAUCCAGGAGGUUGACAAGAAGGACGGCCAGCUACACCCCGUCAUCCAGGAGUUCAAAGAUAUGAUUGAGAACAAUACGCGGGUUUACAUGCUUCUGGAAGGAAUGUUUGCAGAAGUACCGAAGAAGAAGCCAUACAGACAGGAUCCUACUGGUCAUCCAGAAAUCCGGGACUAUCACCAUUUCCUGCGCAUUCUCAACCACAUGCUGACCACCGCCCCUUCCUGGACUGACAAGUCCCACCGCGUUGGUUUAGUUGGCCUACCCAUCAAUGCCGUCUUGGAUUGGCCGAUGGGAACUCCCAGUGGCUAUGCUGCAUUCCUUGAUCCCGAGAUCAACGCCAUGCUCAAGAAAAUCCUCAACGCAUGGGGUGAAUUUUUACGCUCUCCUGAAUCAGCCUAUGUCUUGAAUAACACAUCGGAUGGAUGGUUUGGUGAGACUGGACAUCGUGACCUGACAGCCGUUGCCAAGAUAGGGCCAACAGCAGCUGAAACGCUUGAAUUUCACGAAAUGUUCCACUGUGAUCCAUCAGCACCCAACUACGGUUUCAAGUCCUGGGACGACUUUUUCACUCGAUUAUUCCGCGACGGAAUGCGUCCGAUUGCAGAGCCGGACAAUGACCGGGUUCUCGCCAAUGCCUGCGAAUCGAAGCCGUACAGACUUGUUCAUAAUGUAAAAGGUCGGGAUACAUUUUGGAUUAAGAGCCAGCCGUACUCUGUACUUGAUAUGUUGGGACAUGAUCAAUACGCCCAACAGUUUGUUGGCGGCACGGUUUAUCAGGCUUUCCUGAGUGCAUUGAGCUAUCACCGCUGGCAUUCUCCAGUCUCUGGAAAGAUUACCAAGGCAUUCGUCAUUGAUGGAACAUAUUACUCUGAACCACUGUUUGAAGGCGUUGGCAACCCCGAGCCACACUCUCAAGAUAUUGAUAUCGCAGGUCAGGUCACCUCACAGGGGUAUAUCACUGCGACUGCUACCCGUGCGGUAAUCUUCAUUGAAGCAGAUGAACCGGCCAUUGGACUAAUGGCUUUUAUUGGCGUGGGCAUGGCGGAGGUUUCUACCUGUGAUAUUACUGUCAAAGAGGGCCAGCAUAUCGCCAAGGGAGAUGAGAUUGGCAUGUUCCAUUUUGGUGGAUCUACCCAUUGCCUUCUCUUCCGGAAGGGUGUUAAUGUUUCUGGGUUCCCUGAGCCAGGAAUGGAAGAGAACAUGCCAGUGCGAAGUCGACUGGCUGUGGUAUCAUAG